CCCUGCGUGCUGGGGGGACUCCACUCGGGGACAUGGCGACCCAGAGGAACAGCCUGUGCUGGGGGCGCUGGCCGCUGCUGCUGCUGCUGCUGGGCCUGGCCAUGCCCCUGCCUCCGGCCGCUGCCCGGGUCCUGAGCUACCAGGAGGCGGUGCGCCUGGCUGUGCAGGGCUUCAACCAGCGCUCCCGGGAGGCCAGCCUCUACCGCCUCCUGCAGCUGGACCCGCAGCCCCAGGGCGACCUGAACCCAGACACCCCGAAGCCGGUGACCUUCACCCUGAAGGAGACCGUGUGCCCCAGGACCACGCAGCAGCCCCCCGAGGAGUGUGACUUCAAGGAGAACGGGCUGGUGAAGGUGUGCGCGGGGACCGUCGCCCUGGACCAGGACACCGGCUACUAUGACGUCCGCUGCCCAGAGAUCAAGGAUGUCGCAAUCUGGCCCUUGGUUAGGGGGGGCCUAAUCCUCUGGAACAACAGACGCCCGAUUGGGAGAGGGAUCGAGAAGGCUGGCAGGGGAAUCAAGAGGAUUUUCUCUAAACGUUCCGCUGAGCAAGAGCCCUGAGGUCUGUUUGGCCCUGGCCCCGGCCUCUGGGCUCUGACCAAUAAAAUCUGGGAAAGCCA